UGUUGUCCUUCGCUGGAGUUUAAAUAAAGACCCGGAAUAUUUGAAUAAGAGUCAAGGUAUAAGAUGGAACUCCCCAACUACAGCCGGCAGCUAAUGCAGCAACUACGCACCUUGAGAAAGGAGCGUCAGUUUUGUGACUGUACUAUCUUGGUUGGAAACACACCUCACUCUGCUCACAAAUUGGUGCUGGCUGCUUCUAGUUUACUCUUCAGGUCUCUUCUGGAGGGUUCUGACAGUAUUUCAAUAGAUGAAGCAGUGGUCUCCUCUCAAGAGUUUUCAUGCCUACUGGACAUGGUUUACACAGGCAGACUACCACCCGGGAAGCACAACUUCUCUCGUAUCAUUGCUGCUGCAGACAGUCUGCAGAUGUUUGACGUGGCAGUUGGCUGCAAGAACAUUCUCACAAGCCUUCUUAAACAGUCCUCAGUGUCUACAGAGCAUGCUCCUCAUCUUCAUGAAUCCAUAGAGCCCCAAGACACUACAGGUGACUCUGUCAUAGCUGACACUUGUCAAGGUGAAGGGUUAUUUGAAGGACAGCAAGAGAUAAAUACAUCACAGUUAGGGGCCCAGGAUGUCAAAAAUGAUGCUGCAGAGAAAGCAACAAACCUGGAGAAUCAGGAUGUGCCAUCAAGGCAAAAAGAAAUUGAGAGAAACAAUGAAGGGUCAUCACAACAUGCAGAUGUUGUGGAGCUCCUCUCUCAACAAAAGGAUGAGAUCACUGAAACUUUACAGAAAGGCCAGACCUGGAUGACGCUCUUACAGACAUGGGAUCAGUUUCCUUCGGGGGAGAGACAGGUAUUAUUAGACUGUUUUAAGGGUAAUCCAGGAGGAGAUGUGGUCUUCCAGCGACUGCUGGAUUGUGUGCAGAAUGACAGAGGCCUGUCUGCCCAGACCCUCCUCCUGCUGUUGGAUCUGUUUAAGCAGCUUAAUCCUCCUCUGACUGCACAGCUGAAAGCUCAGGGAGAAGACAGAGAUGUGAAACAUAAAGAUUCAUCUGUACCUGACAUUACCAGUUCCAGUGGACUGAUGGACCAAGCAUCAAAACUCACUGACUGCCUUGCCACUGUGAACGAAGUCAGAGAACUCUUGACCCAGGCGGCCAAUAACUGUCAAAAUGAAGGAGAAAAGGAGGUGGUGUUAGAGUGCUGCCAGAGUACUGACCCCAGGUCAGUCAUGGAGUGUUUGUUUGACAGGGUCAGACAAGGGAGCCUGAGUGAAACUGGACUACUACUGUUGCUCCAUCAGUUGAAGAAGAGCUGUCCAGACCUCAGUCCGCUUCUAGAGGGCCUGAACCAUACUGGAGGUGACGCAAAGGAAGAUCACAGUGGAGAGAGCCUUUUGAGAAUGUACUGUACGAGAUUCUCAGAAGUGAACGUAGAUGCCCAGUCUCUCAGACAGAGCCUGGAGUCCCUCGCUGACAUCCCUACAAAGGAGAGAGAGUACAUGCAGGCCUUGCUGGAGAAUGAUGACGGUGCUCAGGGUAUUGAGAGGCUGAUAUGUGCUUCUUUGGAGGAGAGUGCUGUGCAGAUUUUGUCCGUAUGGAGAUUGCUCAUUAGGGCCAGCACUCGGGAUCAAGAUUUGCUGCUGCUAAUUCAAGAGAUUAAGAAGGAACCAGGGUUUCUAAAACUCCUCCAGACUGCUGCGUAUGCAGACCUCCUAUUGAAGCACAAAGCUCUGAUCCUGGACUCUGUCAGUGACAUAAACAUCCUAGAGAGGGCAGUAGAGUGCAUGGAUAAAGACUCUGAGAAAGUUACAGAGUUUCUGCAGAGCUGCAGGAAGCCUGAGGGCGAGAGGGAGCCAGUGUCGCAUAUCAUGGACCGUGUGUUGAGCAGGGACUCAGAUUACGUCACACCACUUUGCCAACUUCUGUCCAUGAACCAGCCGUACCUGCCUCAGCUCCAGCCCUUCACAGAGGACCUCACACAGGCUGACGCUGAACUCGAGCGACAGCCUCAGUUCGUCUCCGAGCCCGAGGCGGCUGAUUCGGUGGAGGAGAACGACACAAAGGUGAAGGGGACCAGAGGCGGCCCCAGGUCGUACGCCUGCCAGUGGUGCAACAAAAGCUUCGACUUCAAGUGUCGUCUCCUGAUGCAUAAGAAACGCUGUUGCCUGUCCACGGAGGUGAAGCAGAAGUGUUCGGAGUGUUCCAAGGAGUUUCCCACGCCGCGGGCGCUGCAGGAACACGUGAGCCAGGACCACAGCGGACCUGCGCGCAAGAAGAGGAAGCAAGCCCCUGUGGCGUGUGAUCUGUGUGACAAAACAUUUGCGCACUCCUCAGGUAUGCUGUACCAUAAACGCACAGAGCAUUUUGAAGAGAGGCCAUACGCGUGUGAAGAGUGUGGGGCCACGUUUGCAGCCAACUCCUCCUUAAAGAACCACAUGCGUCUGCAUACGGGAGAGAAACCCUUCCGCUGCAAACACUGCGACAUGAGCUUCUCUGUGGCUGCGGCUCUGUCCUACCACACCAAAAAGAAACACUCAGAAGGUAAAAUGUAUGCUUGCCAGUACUGUGAGGCCGUGUUUGCCCAGUCCAUUGAACUGACACGUCACGUCCGCACACACACUGGGGACAAGCCUUACGUGUGUCGGGAGUGUGGGAAGGGUUUUAGUCAGGCCAACGGCCUGUCUGUCCACCUUCAGACAUACCACAACAUUGCGGAGCCUCAUGACUGUCAGAAGUGCCAGAUGAGUUUCUCCUCCUUGGAGGAACAUCGGAGACACAUUCAGGAGGUGCAUCCUAAAGAGUUACAUCAGUGUUCUGAGUGUAACAAGCUCCUCAGUACGCAGUCUCAGCUGGAGAAGCACAAAGCAGUGCACGCUGGUGGCAAACCCCACAGCUGCAAGAUCUGUCACAAAUCCUACCAGCAACUGUCUGGUCUGUGGUAUCACAACCGUACCACGCACCCUGAGGUUUUUACAGGACAAGGCAGUAGACCGCUCAGGCCCGUGCUCCAGUGUAAAACCUGCUCCAAAGCCUUCACUAGUAAAGUUAACCUCCUAAAACAUCGGAAAUCCAAACACCCUGAAAUUCACCCUGAUGUCGAUGAACUGGACGCACAAGGGACUGAGAGGGCAUCAGAUGUCACUGUGUGGAAAUGCCUGUACUGUUCCAGCUCUCUCCAGAGUGAGGAGGAACUGCAGCAGCACGUGAGCGUGGAGCAUUUCAGCCAGGACACGGCCGUCUUUGGCUGCACUGUCUGCUCACUCACUUUUCCCACUCAGCUGGAGCUUCAGGAACACUUCCUCUCUAAUCACCUGGCAGCCCUUGAUGAGGAAUCUCAGGCCUCUACCUCUCAAAUGGUGAUCCAAACGGAGGAUUCCUUAGGCAAAGGGACAGAGCAGAUCAUUGCCCUGGAUCAGUCCCAGCUGGAUGGAUCACAGCGGGUGUUUGUGGCUUUAGGUGACGGAGAAGGCGCAUCUUCCGGAUCAGGGAUUGUAGCUGUAAACAUGGAAGAUCUGUUGAACGGCACAGUUACUCUCAUCUGUGAGGAGAGACGCUGAACCCAAAACUCUGCAGUGAGACUCGUCCGAUUACGUUCCAAAAAGCAACUUACUUCAGAGACGCUGACAGGCUCAGAGCCGUCUGCUAAAAUAAACUGAAGUUUUUCAGCUAAGAACCGUCUCUACCUCAGAUUAAAGAAGUGUGUAAUUUUAAGUGGUGGACCAUACCUGCGUCACUGAAAUAGACAUUUGGAUGAAUUUUACACAACACCGAAGAACCUGGAUGUCUGGUUUGUGUCUAAAAAUAAACAAAAAAAAUUUG